AUGCAUAUGCUGCCGCUGCCGUGCAAUCCACCGUUUCAUGGAGCCUCACGACUCUUACCUCCUUCGCCGGCGGCGUCCUUAACUCCGACACUCACUCCUUGUACGGUGGCUGAUCUCAGGCAUCCAGACAGACGUUUCCCGAGUAAACCCCAAAAAUCGCGCCAUCCCCGCCGCUCCACAUCGGACUUUCCGAAUCUCAAGCCCCUGACGUCACGAGUCGUGCAGCUUACCCGCCGGCGACAGCUCGCUCAGAUAUUUGAGGAAAUACAGACCGCGAAGAAGGAACAUGGCAAGCUCAACAUAAUCGUCAUGAACGCCGUUCUGGAAGCUUGCGUUCAUUGCCGCGACAUUGAAUCGGCUCUUCAAGUGUUCGACGAAAUGUCUAAGCCAGAUGGCUGUGGGGUUGAUGUAGUUACGUAUAGUACGCUUUUGAAGGGUUUGGGUGAUGCUCGGAGAAUAGAUGAAGCAUUUCAAGUGCUCGAGACUGUCGAGAAAAGUACUGCAGUUGGUGGCCCAAAGCUGUCUGGAUCACUAAUUUGUGGUCUUUUGAACGCAUUAAUUGAAUCAGGGGACCUCAGACGUGCUAAUGGACUCCUUGCAAGAUAUGGUUACGUUCUUCAAGGUGGAAAGUCAUCAAUUUUGAUUUUUAACUUAUUAAUGAAGGGAUACAUAACCUCCGGUUGUCCUCAUUCAGCAUUGGGUGUACAUGAUGAAUUACUGAGACAUGGACUGAACCCUGAUAGGCUCAGCUACAAUACACUUAUUUUUGCAUGCAUCAAGAGUGAGAAUCUAAUGGCAGCAAUGCGAUUUUUUGAGCAAAUGAAGGAUAAUGCACUGAAGGAGGGGCUUGAUGUUUCACCAGACCUAGUUACGUACACCACGUUAGUGCAGGGUUUUGGGCACGCCAAAGAUACUUGUUCACUGGAAAAGAUCUUGAUAGAACUGAAAUCAUGCAACAAGAUUCAUAUUGAUCGUGUUGCAUACACUGCGAUUGUUGAUGCAUUGCUAAAAUGUGGAUCAAUUAGAGGUGCUCUUUGCAUUUUUGGGGAGAUGAUAAAACGAGCUAAGGUGUCAAGGCCAAAACCUCAUCUCUUUCUCUCAAUGAUGCGUGCAUUUGCUUCUAAGGGAGACUACAACAUGGUUCGAAGACUCCAGGAACGCAUGUGGUUUGAUUCAGCAGGAACUAUCACCUCUGCUAUGCAGGCAGAAUCCGAUCAGCUUGUGAUGGAGGCAGCCUUAAAUCAAGGCCGGGUUGAUUUGGCUUUAGAAAAACUUAAGAAGGCUAUGCGAAAUUGGAGGGAGAUAUCAUGGAGCAGUCGAGGUGGCAUGGUUACUGUACGACUUGAGGCUUUAAUGGGCUUGAACAAAUCAAUUUUGGGUCCUUGUGUACUUCCUCAGGUAUCACUUAGAGCUGCAAUUGCGGACAUCAUGAUACCAUUUCACGAAGCUUCGCCACUUCAAGCCACUUUGAGACUGAAGCAAGUGGUUAUGCGAUUUUUUAAGGAUUCUGUGGUGCCCAUUGUGGAUGAGUGGGACUGUGUGGGGAUAUUGCAUCGUGAAGACUGUCAUAUGCUAGAUGCCCCACUCUCAACACUGAUGAGGACUCCACCACCUUGUGUCACUAGCUCAACAUCAGUUGGCUCCGUCAUUGACCUCAUGUUAGAGAAAAGGUACAAAAUGGUAAUAAUUGUUAAAAGUGUUGAUUAUCAUGGAAUAUCUUCUAGAUCGAGCUCAAGGGCUGUAGGAGUUUUUACCUAUGAACAACUAUGUAAGCUAACCAAAAGCUCAUUAGAGGUGGCUGAUGACCAGUUUUGCCUGUCAAAUAGCAAUACAAUUAUUUGA